UCCACACUGGAGGAAUAACCGGUGUUAUAGUAAAGCAUCUUGUGGCAAGUUGCCACAUUUAUUUUGGAACGUUUGUCCGAGUUAUAUUCAUUAACAAUAAUACCAUGGCUUGAAAUGGAAAAGAAGGUUUUUAAACGUAGUGGUCGUCCAAACCGAGGUGGUGGACGUCAUAACCGAGGUGGUCGUGGAAGAGGGCGUGGGUUUACACCACCUGAGCCAACUAAACCCAAAUUAGGGGGCUCUUCAGGAAUUGGUGGCAGAAAAAGUGGUGCUAACUUGUAUGAUGAUGAUGAUAUAUAUGAUGCAUAUGAAGAUGACAGAGAAUCUGAUGACUUUUUCCGAGGGAGGCCAAAUUAUGAGAUGCCAAGAAAGGAACCAGAAUCUAGAAAAGACUUCUCAAAAGGAGCAAGAGGGUUUCGCGGGAGGGGCGGUCGGGUAAAGGUUACGAUGCAGCACCUGCACAUGACAUCAGAGAAUCAGGAACUUGUGAAAGGAAUGUUGAAGGAUUUACAUGGAAAUGAGGUAGAUGUUACAAGUGAGGAUGAAUAUGAGGAACUAGAUUAUCGUGCUGAGAAUCAGUACUGGAUUGUUGAUAACAAACUCAAGAUGGAAGACUCAAUGGCACAUGGCACUGUCUGGCACAGUGCCGGUCCACAGUCUGACGAUGCGGUCUCUGUCAGUACACUGGCUGUGAAUAAACUAAAGAGGUAUGGUUUCCAUAAAACAAGAAGCACUGAGGCUUUGCAGGUGUGUGAUGGUGACCUUGGUCUUGCUUUAGAAUAUCUCCUGGCAGAAUGUUUCUGUCUUAACAACAGUGAAGACACUGAUACAUCUGCUGAUGUGGAGGAGAUUACAGAACUUAGGAAUGAUGAAAUGAUGGCACUGCAAGCUAUAUAUGAUGAGAAGUUUAAUGAAAGGAUUCCAAAUCGUGUAUGGAUUCUGAAAAUAUCUUUGCCAUAUCUAGACAAAAUGAGUCAACCCAAAACUGAUAGAAAACAGACUGCUAAAAAGGAAGAUAAAAGAAACUUGUGUAGGUUUUAUCAGAAAGGAUUUUGUAAAUUUGGAAAACGUUGUCGAUUAGAACAUUCUCUACCUGUAGAUAAACAUGUUGCUGGGAGUGAUAGUGCAAUAGAAGGUUGUGCAAUGGACACGGAAUAUGAAAUUGAAAUCAGAUUUCCACCUUGUAACAGAUAUCCUAAAGAAGCCCCAUUUAUAGCAUUUACUUCAACUUCUAGUCUGUUAGAGAAACAUGUGUGCCUCAAUAUUACUAAACAUAUGAUUGAUGAAGCCAAGAAAAUGGCAGAGUCACAAGAACCAUGCAUCUUUACUGUGGUUAACUUAUUAGAUGACGAGACAUUUUUAGACAAUGUUUUAAAUGAAGCUCCACAUGAAUUUAGUCGUUCAGUUCAUAACAGAGCCUGGUUUCCACAACAAACUGACCUGGAAAAUUCUGUACAAGGUCAAAGUGAUAGAAGUACUUUUAAUAUCGUAAGUGAUAAAGACAAUUAUCAUAAGGAAAGUCCUGACAACACAGAUGCUAAACUAGCUAAAGCAACAGAAAGUAUGAUAAAGAUGAGUGAAAGAGACAGAAGACAAGAGGAGAAAGGUUCAGAUGAGAAACCUGUUGAGGUUAAGAGAUCUACUAGUAAAGAAGAGGUCAGAAAGCAAAACCCUGCAGAAAUAUUGAAAACAAAUAAGCGGCUGAUAGAAGACUUCAAGAGGAAGAAGACAUCUGGUAAAUAUAAGACAAUGCAGGAGAGCAGACAGAAACUGCCAGCAUGGUUCAGACAGGACGAGAUCUUACAGAUGAUCAGCGAACAUCAGGUUGUUGUCAUCAGUGGCAUGACAGGAUGUGGAAAAACUACCCAAGUGCCUCAGUUCAUCCUUGACCUUUACCUGAAUGCUGGUGACCUUCACCUUUGUAACAUUCUGUGUACUCAGCCUAGACGUAUAUCAGCAAUAGCUGUUGCAGAAAGAGUCGCAGAGGAGAGAGCCGAUGCCUUGGGGAGAAUUGUGGGAUACCAGAUACGGUUAGAGAAAAUGCAGUCUUCCAUGACACGGUUGUUGUUCUGUACAACUGGUAUUGUACUGAGACGUCUAGAAGGGGACACUACUCUUGAUGGUGUUUCACAUUUAAUCAUUGAUGAAGUCCAUGAAAGAUCCGAGGAGAGUGACUUUCUCUUGAUGUAUUUAAAAGACAUGUUACCAAAACGUCCUGAUCUGAAGAUUAUACUGAUGAGUGCUACUCUGAACGCUCAACUCUUCUCCCAGUACUUCGGAGGUUGUGCUGUUGUUGAUAUACCAGGACGAACAUUUCCAGUGGAGCAAUAUUUUCUUGAAGAUGCAAUGGAGUUCACUGAGUUUGUGAUGGAAGAGUCAUCACCCUAUGCUAGGCCUCUCAAGCACAUGAAUGCUGUACAAAGGGGCGUGGCUUUGGAGGAGGAGCAGUAUGAUGGGAGUGACAGUGGCCCCACCCACAAGGCUAGUGACCGGGUACAAGAUCAAAACCUUUCAGUGAAACAGCUCUAUCUCAGAUAUGCUGAUUAUCAUAAGUCAACCCUGAAGAACAUGGCAUUGAUGGAUCAUACAAAAAUCAACUUUGAUUUGGUGCUAGAACUGAUGUGUUGGUUGGUAACAGAAGACCAUCAAGAUUUAGAGUUUCCAGUGAAUGGAGCAGUUUUGGUGUUUAUGCCUGGCUAUGCGGAGAUACAGACAUUAUAUGACAUGUUGUUGUCCUGUCCUGUGUUUGGUGGUAGAAAUAAACAUAGGUACAAGAUCAUCCCUCUUCAUUCUACACUGUCAUCUGAGGAUCAACAUGCUGUCUUCUCAAAGCCACCAGAAGAAGUUACAAAAAUAGUUAUAGCUACAAAUAUUGCAGAGACGUCUAUAACCAUUGAUGACAUCUGCUUUGUUAUAGAUACAGGGAAAAUGAAGGAAAAAAGGUAUGAUUCCACAAAAGGAAUGGAAAGUUUAGACACUGUGUGGGUGUCGAGGGCAAAUGCAUUACAGAGGAAAGGUCGUGCAGGGCGUGUAAGGUCUGGCAUUUGCUUCCAUCUGUUCACCAGUCACAGAUUUGAGCACCAUCUACAGGAACAACCUGUGCCAGAGAUUCAGAGAGCCCCAUUAGAACAGAUAUGUUUGAGGAUAAGGAUGCUGGACAUCUUUAAGAGAGUUCCUGUGGAGGUUGUGUUACACAAGUUACCCGAGCCCCCAGAGUAUGAGGCAAUCACCUCAGCCAUCAAGAGGUUAGAGGUUUUGGGAGCACUGGACAGUCAUGGGGAACUAACCCCACUUGGCUACCAUUUAGGGACUUUACCCGUAGAUGUUCGAAUCGGAAAGUUGAUGCUACUGGGAGCUAUAUUCAGAUGUCUUGAUCCGGCUUUAACAAUAGCAGCUUGUCUCAGUUUUAAAUCUCCUUUUGUCACACCAUUUGGUAAGAAACAUGAGGCCACAGAGAAGAAACUAGAGUUUGCAGCUGGGAACUCGGAUCAUCUUACAAUGCUCAAUGCUUAUAAUGCAUGGAAGGAGGCAAGGAAGAAUAGUGGACAUGAAGCAUAUCGUUUCUGUCAAGAUAAUUUUCUCUCAAAGAGGUCACUGGAGAUGUUGUCUAGUAUGAAGCAGCAGUUUGUAGAAUUGUUGUCAGAUAUUGGAUUUGUAAAGGAAGGAAUAUCCAGUAAAGAUGUGGAGAGGGCUGCCAGAAAUGGUGAAGAUGGUGUCUCUACUAUAACUGGACCUGAGGCCAAUUUAAACUCCAAGAAUCUGAAACUGAUAUCUGCUCUACUGGUAGGGGCCUUAUAUCCAAAUAUAGUUCAAGUUCUGACACCUGAGCAACAGUACACUCAAGUCGGAGGUGGAACUGUUGCAGUAGCACCAAAAGCUGAGGACAUCAGAUUCAAAACCAAACCUGAUGGUUAUGUAAAGAUUCAUCCAUCAUCAGUCAACUUUCAAGUGCGAUUCUAUGAGAGUCCUUAUUUGGUGUACCACGAGAAAGUCAAAACUACAAGGAUAUAUAUUAGAGACAGCACAAUGGUCUCUGUGUACCCACUGUUGUUGUUUGGGGGAGGUGAGAUAGGUGUGGAUCUGUCUCGAGGAAACUUUAUUCUCUCUGUGGAUGAUGGUUGGAUCAAAUUUAUGGCACAGUCGCAUCAGAUAGCAGAGUUAGUACGGGAGUUACGCCUUGAACUAGAUCACUUGUUAGAAGAUAAGAUAAAGAACCCACACAUGGACUUGUGCACAUGUCCUAGGGGCAGUAAAAUCAUAGACACAAUAGUUAAACUGAUCACAACACAGUGAAAAUUGUACAAAAGAAAAGGAAAUAUACAUUUAUAGAAAUUACAACUUUGUUUUUAUCUGUUAAGAAAUAUAUAAAUGGUAGAUGUAGACACUGUUAUUAGCUGGCUGUGACGAAAGUCACUAGAUCUGUUGUGAUGCCACUAGCGUUGGUGCUGUAUGUAGGUACACACUUUACAAUUCGCAGCUAGCUAACAUCUUAGUUUCCAUCCUGUUGAAAUGAUACUUGGUAUACAUCAUCCUCAUGAAAAAGAAAUGCACACAUUGUUGGAAAUUUCAUUAUUUUUGGUCUUUGAAAAUAUUUAAGCUACAUCAGAACUUGAAUAAUAUCAGUCUAUUUGAAAUGAAUCUUUUUUUACAACAUGAAGUAGACAUUUACAUAUUAUUAGCUAUUUCAUUGAGUUUUGUGUCUCAAAAAGUAUUUUACUUGUAGUCAUGAAAACAUAAAGAAUAUAUGUAAAUAGACUGUACAAUGAUAUAAAAUAUUAUUGCUGAGCA